AUGUCCUUUCAGGAGGAGAACGCGGAUGUGAUGGACUCUGCAGACUGGGAAGGAGCUGCAGCCCAGAGCAGCUCAGAAGACCCGGCCAGUGGCGCCCUGGAGCCAGGCCCAAGCCUCGCCUCCCUGAGCUCCAUGCAUGCAGGUCCAAAAGUGGCGAACCAAGAACCACAGAAAUUCAUCUUUUAUGACCGGGACCACAAAGUAUUGGUGUUGGACUCUGGGAACCUCAUAGCAGUUCCAAAUAAAAGCUACAUAAAGCCAGAGACCUUCUCUGUCUUAGCCUGUCACAAAUGCUCAGGCCAUGAGAAGGGAAACAUAGUUCUCCUGGCAGUCUCUAAUGGAGAGCUCUGUCUUUGCUGUGAGAUAGACAAGAAAAAAGGCCAGCCAUCCCUGCAGCUGAAGAAGAAGAAGCUUUCCCACCUGGCUAUGCAGAAUGAAAAUGACUUGAAGGGCUACACCUUCUAUAGGAAGAAGUGGAUCUGCAGGAACACGCUCGAGUCGGUGGCCCACCCCGGGUGGUUCAUCAGCACCUGCGAAGCGGGGGAGCCUGUCAGAAUGACAGACAAGGUGGGGAGGAAGGAACACAUCGAGUUUUCAUUUGUGGAGGCCAGCAAAGCUCAAAUGAGCCCCAGCGAGGAGGUGGUGGACGCCAGCUGCCGGCAGCCUGGUCCUUCUUCAUCUCCCGUGCUUUCUCUGAACCUGCUUGCACUUUUGUGA